AUGGCAGCACGCCGCUGCGUUCCCCGCUUCAUACCUGAAUUCACCUACCAUCCUCGACCCGGAAGUGUCUUCAUCGAACGAAACACCGGCACUAAGUACGUUCUCCUAGAAAUAAUCGGAAUUAAUUACGUCCAACUGCUGCAUACACAAAACCACAAUACUUUCGAUCUCAUUUACAAAGCUUGUUACUACACAUACGAUUGGAUCGACAAUGACAGUUUUCUCCCUUCCGGUUACGCCACUGUCAAGUUCAUCAGACCCGGAAAAGAAGUCCCUCGGAGCAUGGAGGCAGGAAAUUCAAUCCCCAAUUCGAACAUUAUUAACGUCAAACAAUGGGUUAUUCAGAGAUUCCAAGGAGCAUUCAGCGUUGCAUUACCUUAUAUGUCAGAAGGAUCGCUCCGUUACAUUCUGUCAAUUCGAUUUAACAACGGGUUACCGGAGGAUUGUAUUGCUAUUGCUCUUAAACAAGCGCUUCUGGGUUUGUUUGAUCUUCAUGAUUUGGGUCUGAUUCAUAAGUGUUUCAGUGCUGGGAAUAUCUAUGUUAAUUUCAAACAGACACCUAUUUCGAAAGUUGAAAUCAAAUUGGGAUUUGCAGCAACCAUUUACGAUUCAGAGUUGGAAUCUCCUAUUUCUGUUAGUCACCAAACAGAACUUGGCGCUGACCCAACUAUUACCAUUCUACCAAAAUAUCCUGGUGGACAUCCGAAUCUAGAACUACGCGAGUUGUACAAAUGGGCUGCUGCGCCAGAGGUGUUCUAUUCACAAUGUGAUGAUGCCUGCACUGUUCAUUCCGAUAUAUGGUUAGUCGGUGUAGCAGCAUUGGAAUUAGCGUAUGGAAAUUUAAGAAUAAGCAAUCGCGAAGAAUUUGAGGCGAUGAUCAAGAAGAUAAAGAGGUCGAGGAGAUUGCCAGAUAAGUUGGAAGAUGUGCUUGAGGAGAUUAAUGUAGAAGAAGGGAAAGGGAAAGGGAAAAUGAAGAAAGCUGUGGUAUAUUUUAACGACAAGCUGAAGUAUGUGAAAGGUAAAAGAAAGUUUUCAAAAGAGUUUGAGGAGUUGGUGUUGGAUUGUCUUUCUAGCAAAGAAUCAAAGAGGCCAUCAGUUGGAGAUCUACUGCAGAGACCAUUUUUUCGGUAUGCUAAGAACUUGCAAUGGUUUCAACGCCGCGUGUUGUAUGCUAAGAAUCCAAUGCCUUAUUGCUGA